AUGGCGUGUUGGACAGCAAGCUUUCCUCUGACACUUGUCUCGAUCUUUAUCAGUUUACCAAGCUGCCAGGCCUACGCCUCCUGCCCGCCCGGCUGGCUGAGAUGGCAGCAAUCUUGUUACAUCUUACUGCCGGACAAGAUGAAUUGGUUUGAGGCCUCGGAGGCUUGUAACCGACCGGGAAGUGGUCUGGUUGUGCCCAACUCGCGGGAAGAAAACGACUUCAUCUGGAAGUCAGUGGGGCCACAGACUGACGGUAUGUGGAUCGGCUGCACGGAUGCGGCCCAAGAGGAUAUCUGGCUGUGCGGGGGUCAACCUCUGUCUUUCCGAAAUUGGUAUCCUGGCAAUCCGCGCACCGACAACCAGCGUAACUGCGCCCGGAUGACUGCUUACGGUGGUGGGGGCUUAUGGUCCGACUAUGUUCCUUGCGGUAGCAGCAACCGCAAACCUGCAGCGUGUGAGAUGACGGUCUCUGCGAUGCCAGCCUACCACACCUUCACCGGUCCCGAUGGGCGUGUCCCUCAGCGAUGCCUCCUCCAUCACGACAUCAAGAAUCUGAUGGUAAAUGGCGUGCUUGCCUGUGGCUGGGCGUGCCGGGCCGAUCCCCGAUGCCGCUCCUUCAAUCUCUGGCAGAGCAACACUGAAAGAGAAAAGAUGUGUCAACUCAAUGAAGCCACUCGUCUUGGGGCUGAUAUCACCGACUAUAUAAAGGCAACCAACAACUGUUACUAUUUUGAACUGUAAAAAGAUUUCAACCGAAAGAUCACCUGCUGUCAAUGCUCGGACAAUAAUUAUUCUCAGUCUGCAAUUGUCGUCUAUGCUCGGACAAAAAAAUAUCAGAAUUCUCUCUCAAUUACACAUACUUUUCGACUCAGAAGCAUUGCUGCCUAUUAUUGUUUAACCGCGUCAAAGGAUUAUUUGAGAAUCACAGAUUAUGAUCGUCAAUGUACCUGUACGUGUGCUUCACCUGGACCUC